AUGACGGAACAGCGAAGUGGCGGACCAAAGCGCCGCAGACCUUCGUACCUGGUGAGGCAGGACGAGGUGAAGCGGCUCCAAACGCAACUACAGGUGCUCCAGAGACAGCUGAAGCGCUUGCAGGCUCGCCCGAGAAGCGCAAGAGCCCAGAUCCUAGACGUCGUGGGCGCCAACAAUUCCCUCCGAGAUGUAAUACACGGUCAACAGCUCGCAGUGGCUGGAGCUCGGUCCAUGUUGGCUGGGAUGCAGGAGCGACAGACAGGAAGUCCCUUAUGCAGACACAUCCACCUGCCUCGAGAGUGGUGGGAGCGUCGCCAAGUGCUGCUGAGUCUAAAGAGUGACAUGAUCACGAGAGGCUGUCAGUACGUAGUGGCUCGUAGCCAACAUCUGGACCUUAUGAAGCCUCAGCUCAUGGAUCAUCGAUACGAGGAUGCCCAGGGCAAUUUCUGCUGCGAGAGGUUCGAGUUCUUCCACUUCACAGGCGUCCAAUCCAUUAAACAAGUGUUUGAGGCCAUAAAAUAUUUUAUGCUCAACAUGGAGAUCACUAUCUCCGAAGCGUUAGGACACACAACAGUUCGAGAAGAUUAUGAUACAGUGGACGACGGGACGUCGCUUUGGAACUAUCGGUUGUUAUCGACUGAUAGCCAUGGCAUCACAUCGGAGGUUAACAAAGUGGUGCUGACGGAAUAUUUUGACGAGUCGGUGCAAAUGGGAGGGGAACCGUGUGCUGUGGUUGUCACAGACAGCGUCGAUGUCGACAACUUGUAUCCGUAUAACCCACAAGAGAGAGUACGUAGAGAUAUCAGUGCCACGACUGUGUUAACGGAAAUGAAGCGCAAGAAGCAGAAGCGAUCGAUGUCGACAGAAAGUGAACAAUCCAACGAAUCCGGUAAUGAUAGAAGAACGUCAGACGGCGAUGAUAUGUUGAAUGAGGGAGAGGAAGACGAGCUCGUGGUUGUGAUGCAGCGUGUGGCUUUCAUGAAGAUGCACAAGCCUGAGUUUGAGAUCUCGAGAAGUGCCAUGAGGUCGUUGAAGGAGGGUAUUGCGAGCUGGGGAGAAGUGGAGGUGCAGUCGAUUCGAGGAGCAGUGAACGCCUGA